CUGGUCUGCAGACUGCAAGCCCGCCAUCCAGUCUGCAGCCCUUCACCCCAUGUUCUCAUCUUUCCUAGCUCGACAUUCCUGCCGCCAUCUUACUCGCAACUUCCACCACGCUCCGACAUUGAGCAACCGUGUCUUGCUCUCGGGAUAUACAAUCCCAUAUCGGAAUCGCGCUCAACUCUUUCCUCGUCUAGGGCGCGCCUUUGGUAAAAGUGCACCACAGGGAAAGCUUGAUACACCAGCUAAAACCCCACCACCGGCACCGCCUGAAAUUCCAACACAAGCGGAACAGAGAAAAACUGACUUUAGUAUCGUCAAACGGCUCCUAGUGAACGUAUGGCCAAAGGACGAUUGGAAGACUCGAUUGACGGUGCUCGGUGGAUUUGGGCUGCUCAUAACCGCCAAGGUGUUGAACGUACAGGUUCCACUGUUGUUCAAAAGCAUUGUAGACGCCCUGAAUGUGAACGUGGACAUUUUGGCUAGUUCAACUGCGUGGUUGCUUGCAGGGUCUCUCAUCAUCGGAUACGGAGCCGCCCGCGUCGGAUCUACACUCUCCUCCGAGCUCCUCAACGCAAUAUUCGCGAAAGUCGGCCAGGGGGCCAUCCGAAAAGUCGCCAGGGAGACAUUCGAGCAUCUAUUGAAUCUUGAUCUGCGGUUCCACUUGUCCCGACAAACGGGGGGCUUGACGCGGGCGAUUGAUCGGGGUACCAAAGGUAUCACCUUUUUAUUGCAAGCUAUUAUAUUCCGGAUCGUUCCUACCGCAUUGGAGAUUUCUAUGGUUUGUGGUAUUUUGACGUAUAAAUUUGGCUGGGACUUUGCUGCUAUCACGGCUUUGACCAUGAUCACGUACACUUGGUUCACCGUUCGCACUACUUCCUGGAGAACGCGAUUCCGCCGCGAGGCUAAUAAAGCGGACAACAAAGCCGCAACUGUAGCCGUCGACUCCCUCAUCAACUUUGAGGCAGUGAAACACUUUAACAACGAAAAGUAUGAAGUUGCACAAUACGACAAACACCUCCGGGAUUAUGAGAACUCCUCCAUCAAAAUCUCAACCUCCCUUGCGUACCUCAAUUCUGGACAAAACGUCAUCUUUUCAAGUGCACUGACCAUGGCGAUGUUUUUGGCUGCACAGGGUGUCGUCAAUGGGACAAUGACGGUCGGAGACGUAGUCAUGGUCAACCAACUAAUCUUCCAACUCUCUCUCCCACUCAACUUCCUGGGAUCAAUAUACCGCGAAAUGCGGCAAAACCUCCUAGACAUGGAAGUCCUCUUCAAACUCGUCGAAGAGAACCCACCUCCAAAGGACGUGCCAAACGCGCCACCCCUACACCUCGACGGCGGUUCCAUCCGCUUCGACAACGUCUCCUUCGCAUACCACCCCGCCCGCCCCAUAUUCACCAACCUCUCCUUCACCGUGCCCGCCGGAAAGAAAGUGGCCAUCGUCGGUCCGUCAGGGUGCGGCAAGUCCACGAUCUUCCGCCUUCUUUUCCGGUUUUACCCGCCUUCCGAGGGUCGGAUAUUCAUUGACGACCAGGACAUUUCUUCCGUGACGCUUGAGAGUGUCCGGAAGGCGAUUGGGGUGGUACCCCAGGACACGCCCCUUUUCCAUGCGGACAUUAUGCAUAAUGUGAGGUAUGGACGGAUGGACGCGGGUGAGGAGGAGGUGAAGGAGGCUGCGAGGAGGGCGAAUAUACAUGAGGCGGUUAUGAGUCUGCCGGAGGGGUAUGCGACCCAGGUUGGGGAGAGGGGGUUGAUGGUUAGUGGUGGGGAGAAGCAGAGGUUGGCGGUUGCGAGGGUUUUGUUGAAGGAUCCGCCGAUACUUUUCUUUGAUGAGGCUACGUCGGCUUUGGAUGCGCAUACUGAGUCUGAGCUCAUGCGGAACAUCAAUAAUACGUUGUUGGACAAGGCGCGGACGAGUAUAUUCAUUGCACAUCGGUUGAGGACGGUUGUUGAAGCUGACCUCAUCAUUGUGCUCAAAGAAGGAAAAGUAGUAGAACAAGGGACACACGAGGAGCUCAUGCAGGUAAAGGGGCUUUAUUAUAGCAUGUGGCUGCAACAGGCGUCUUCGGAGGGGGCUGGCAAUGGGGGAUUGGAGUAG